UUAAUUUCUCAGCACUGACAUCACAUUUUGAAUAAAAAAGUAUUUUCUUUGGUUCGUUAAUGUUKCUUGAGCUCAUGUGCAAUUUGUUUUCAAAAUAAAAGCCUAAUGAUUUGAGUGAGAUGGGGCCGUCUAAUUAUUGACCUCCGAAUAAAAGCCUAAUGAUUUGAGUGAGAUGGGGCCGUCUAAUUACUGACCUCCGAAUAAAAGCCUAAUGAUUUGAGUGAGACGGGGCCGUCUAAUUCCUGAUCUCUCUUUUCACCACGUUACCAAAACAAUCUUUCUUUGCGUCACGCCGACGCUGGUGGUGACGAACUGGUUUCACUACACCUCCUUCUGUCUCACCUUUCCUCUCCACUUUUCUCCAACUCUCCCAUCAGGACCACUGGGGAUGCGCUCAUAGAUAAAAACAACUUCCCAGAUUUAAAACUGGAUUACGAACUUUUACUCCAGUUUUGAGSUGACAUUUGGGAGCGUCUGUGUUUUGCAUUUAUGUCGCGAAAGCAGGUCGACCAUGACUACACCCUGCGAAGUAUGAGCAACCUGAUGGGCGAGCGCUGGAAGAGGGCGAACGACGGAGGGGAGCGGAGCCUCAUCAAGGCUCCGUCCAGCGGCAGCAUCAGCGGACAGGGCGCCUCCGCCUCCGCCGCUGCCGCUGCCCCAGCCCCAGCUCCGGACGCUUCUUCCACCGCCUCCACCGGGGACCUGGAGAGGGCUGCCCGCAAGCAGUUCCAGCAGGAUGUCACGCCCGGCUUCGUCUACGUCCUGGCGGUGUUCUCGGCUCUCGGCGGCUUCCUGUUCGGCUACGACACCGGGGUGAUCUCCGGGGCGAUGCUGAUGCUGAAGCGGGAGCUGGAGCUCAGCGCCCUGUGGCAGGAGCUGCUCAUAUCGAGCACCGUGGUCGCGGCGGCGCUGUCCGCACUGCUGGGCGGCUUCCUGAACGGGCUCUUCGGGCGCAGGGUCUGCAUCCUGCUGGCCAGCUUCUUCUUCACGGUCGGAGGGGUCGUGCUGAGCACCGCUCCCGGGAAGGAGGCGCUCCUGGCGGGGAGGAUCAUCGUGGGAGUCGGGCUGGGUGUCGCCUCCAUGACGGUGCCGGUCUACAUUGCCGAGGCGUCUCCACCUCACCUCAGGGGUCAGCUGGUGACCGUCAACACGCUCUUCAUCACCGGGGGACAAUUCACCGCCAGCCUCAUCGACGGCGCCUUCAGCUACAUGCAUCGUGGUGGAUGGAGGUAUAUGUUGGGUCUGUCAGUGCUUCCCGCUUUGCUCCAGUUCUUGGGGUUCCUCUUCCUGCCGGAGAGCCCUCGCUGGCUGAUCCAGCGWGGGCUCACCCAGAAGGCCCGCCGCGUGCUCAGCCAGAUCCGAGGCAACCAGAACAUCGACGAGGAGUACGACAGCAUCAAGAACAGUAUCGAGGAAGAGGAGAAGGACAGCGGAGGAGAUGGGCCCGUGAUCUGGCAGAUGCUGACCUACCCCCCAACUCGGCGAGCCCUCCUGGUGGGCUGUGGGCUUCAGAUGUUCCAGCAGCUUUCUGGAAUCAACACGGUCAUGUACUACAGCGCCACCAUCCUGCAGAUGUCGGGGGUGCGAGACGACAGGUUGGCAAUCUGGCUGGCGGGACUCACCACCCUUACCAACUUCCUGUUUACCCUCCUAGGGGUGUGGCUUGUUGAGCGGGUGGGACGCAGGAAGCUCACUUUGGGCAGUAUUCUAGGUACGUGUUUGAGUUUGAGUCUUUUGGCCAUCGGUUUUCUCACGUCUGCACAGCACAGCCCUCCUGUAACGUUCCACCCGUUAGACCCUGACAUCAACAACUCCACCUGCUCCAAGUACCAAAUGUGCGAGCCGUGCAUGCUGGACCCCCGCUGCGGUUUCUGCUACCGUGAGAACGGCUCGGCGCUCCUCGCCGCCUCCUGCGUCCCGGUCGAUAAGGGCUCCACGGAGCAUGCGGCGUGGGGCAGAUGCUCCAACUCCACCCUGAUGAAGGAUCAGACCCACUGGGCCUACAACUACUGCCCCACCUCAUACUCUUGGCUGGUCCUGUUGGGUCUGGUGCUCUACCUGGCUGCUUUUGCUCCAGGUAUGGGUCCGAUGCCGUGGACUAUUAACUCAGAGAUCUAUCCGUUGUGGGCGAGGAGCACAGGGAAUGCCUGCGCCGCCGGAGUCAACUGGACCUUCAACAUCCUGGUGUCGCUCACCUUCCUCCACUUGGCUCAGUACCUCACGUACUACGGAGCUUUCUUCCUGUACUCCAGCAUGGCCCUGCUGGGUUUCAUCUUCGUUUACGGCUGCCUGCCGGAAACCAAGUCCCGACGCCUGGAGGAAAUCGAGGCGCUGUUCGAAAACCAGCUUUGCUCCUGCGGCGCAUCCGACUCGGACGAGGGACGCCAGGUGGAGUACAUUCGCGUCAAAGGUUCCAAUUACCACUUAUCGGACAACGACGCGUCGGACGUGGACUAGCCUGCGCGCCCUCGACCUCGCUCUGGAUGUUUCGUCACCCUCUGUAACCACCGAAACACGCAGAGUGAUCGGGUCUGUAAUGUUCGUCUCAUUUUGUGAUCUGUGGAGCCGCUGGUUUCCCUACCGGCAAACAGAUCGUGAACGGACAAAAGGGAGACUGUUUACCAAGUCGGGACCCAGUUUCUGAAAGGGGGUGAACCAGGUUUGUGCAUCCACGUGACUUAAACUGACCUGACAGCAGUUGUUGUGACUUGUUUCUCUAUAGUGCCGUUACGCCUUUCAGUAUGAGACACGUCUCGGUUAAAUGUUGUUUCGGCUUGUAGCGUAGCACUCUGAUGUUAGUCCCGUAUUAACAGCAACCGUCUUCAGUUUGUGAUUGGUCUGGACCGUUUUUAAAGACAAGCAAUCACCAGAAACACACUUAUUGUUGCACCUAACAGCUGCCUGACACAACCACUUGAGUAGCACUGAAAAGACAGUUGGUUUUUAUUUAUUGUUUUCUGUUUGAAACCAUGUGCCUUGGAACAGCAUUCAUACCCCUUGAAUUUCGCAGAGUCUCGACGUUACGACCCCAAACUUCAGAGUAAUUUACUGGGAUUUUAUGUAACAGUCGUUGUAGAUUGUUGGUGCCCAAUCCUGGUCUUUGGAGGUUGUUUUAUUYGGUUCCCUGCUCCUCAGCAGGUCUUUGAGUUCUGCAGAAGCCUGUUAAUUGCCUGGCAGAGCAGAGAAAAAUCUAAGACAUGCCGGAUAGUGGCACUUGAGGACCAGGAUUGGGCACCAGUGUUGUAGACCAGCGAUUCCCAACCAGGGGUAUGUGUACCCCUUGGGGUUCGCAAGCAUACUACAGUGGGUACGUGGAAACAUUUCCCAGGUGUGUAAAAAAAUAAAUAAAAAUAGGACUGAGAUAUGUAGGGCCCUAUGAUUUCCGCAGUGCGAAAAAUGCAAACGGAAUCAUGAAAUUGACAAAAUGUAAUCCUGUAUAAAAUGCAGUUCUCACAGCAUUUACUCACUUGGGGUAUUUGAUGUAUUUUGGACGCUGCUGUUUUCUGCACCUGCCAUUACCUGGUUUAUUUAUUUAAUUACUUAUUCACUUUCAAGGCAACAUAUUUAUCUUUAUGUUUAAUUUGAGCUAAAAAGAAUAAAAUGUCUGAGAAUUCAAUGUUCUAUGGGGUUAAAUAAGUAAUUUCUAUUUAAUAAUCAGAUGUUAUACACUAUAGUUUUGGAGAAUCAUCAUUACGUUUGACUGAGGGGUACUAGUGAUAUGACAAAAUAGCUCAGGGGAUACACAAGUCUUAAAAAGGUUGGGAACCACUGUUGUAGRCCAUUUGAUCAUAGCUCUAGGUGGACGAUUUGGGUCGUUCCCGUGCUGGAACGUGAACCUUCACCCUGGUAUUGAACAGGUUAUUGCCCUCUAUUUAGCUCCAUCCUCUUCAGACUCUUUCCAUUUUGGGCCAAUAGAUGGAACACAGGUCGUUCUUUUUACAUCAUAAAUUGGCUUUAAACUUCUCUGUUUUAUCUGUUUUUACCUAGGCGGUGUGUUCCUUGUUGGUCUACAUGAUGCUGUUUGAUCAGUAAUGUUGGAUAAACCUCAAAGGCUUACUGCUAUGUUCAUACCAAGAUUAAACUACGCACACAUCUGAUUGUUGGGCUGGAUUUUAGAUUUUAGUUGGAGGUAUAAAGGAGCUAAAUACAAAUAUACGCCACAAUUUUUACAUUUUUUGUAAAAUAUUUUGAAAACUUUACUAUUUUUACUUCCGCUUCUAAAUUAGUAGCUUGGUAAAAUGAUGACGUUUGUGGUUUUAACCUGGAAAAGUGAAAAAAAAAUUCAAGGCGUAUAAACACUUAUUCAAGGCAUUGCUGUUUUAGUUUUUAAUUUUUCUUUCUGUUGCAUAAAACAYCUUUUGGUUUUUGUUUUAUGUUUUUAGCAGAAUACUGAAAUUCACACCAAAAAAAAAAAGUCAACACCACAAAUGCACCGAUGCUGUAACCGGCAUCAUUCUGGACACCUGCUACAUGUAUCAUCAAAAGAUUACAAAUCUGUUCAGAUAAAACCAGUGAAGCUUUAAUUCUCUGAUUGUUGUAUUAAAAUUUAACAUUAUAUUAGUGCCUGUUUAAUGUGAAGGUGCCUCAGUCACAUUCCCUGCAUGAUGGAGUUUUUAUUUUACGUGCAUAUUGUUUAGAUUUGUCUUCCGCCACAGCCUUAUGUCCAAAUUAUGAUUUAAAAAACAUUCUUGUGUCAAAAGUUGCACGGUUUUCUGUAAUGUUGUUUUGUAAAAAUAUAUAUAUAUAUAAAAAAUGAGUGGUUACAGCUCAGUAUGGAGGUUUUUGUGUAGCAAAAAAUGUGAAAAUGCUGCAAGUCAGUGGGAAGAAUUGUCCUUUUUUCAAAUAAAAUGUUCAAAUAAGA